AGAAAAAAAAAAGAAAAGAGUAAUGAGCAUGUCCAGAUCUCUCCACUCUGCUGCAACAAACAAAAGCGCGUUAGCUUCUUCUCUCUAUUUCUCCUCACAAGCUUCCAGAAAUUUAGAGGAACAGCAGUAAAGAUAUGAUUUUUAUGUUGAAGCUGAAGAUGGGGUGGAAUUAUAGCUCUUCAAUGCUCUUCUUCUUUUUUCUCUUCAUGGGUCUCUCUGUUUCUUCCACAUUCAUCUCAGAUGAUAUAUUUGAAUCUCACGCAUUUACAGGCAGAAAUCUGCUUCAGGCCAAGAAAGCUUGCCCUGUGAACUUCGAAUUCAUGAACUAUACGAUUAUCACAAGCCAAUGUAAAGGCCCCAAAUAUCCAGCAGACAAAUGUUGUCCAGCGUUCAAACAAUUUGCCUGCCCUUAUGCAGAGGAGAUAAGUGAUCUAUCCACUGAUUGUGCAUCAACUAUGUUUAGUUACAUUAAUCUUUAUGGGAAAUACCCAGCCGGCAUUUUUGCUAGUGAGUGCCAGGAAGGAAAGGAGGGACUUUCUUGCCCUCACUCACCACUAUCAAAAUCAGAGGAUGCAAAGGCUAGUCAGACAACGCAUACUUCAUCCCCACUGAUAAUGCUCACUACUGGAUUCCUCGGGCUUUUAUUUUUGUUAAUAUGAGGAUUUACUGUCAAGUGUCUUAUUUCAUUUUUCCUCACUUGAUUCUUUACCAUUGUCGUUAUUGGCUGUGCCGUCUAUUCUAUUUCCACGAACAUAUGAUGAUAUAUUUUCCUUGUUAGGCAUGCUGGAGAAUUUAUGUAUCAGUUUGUAUUACUGCUCCCAAUGGUUGGGAUUAAGAAUUAGUUGUAUGAAAUGAAAUAUUUAUUUGUGCAUUA